CCUUCACCAGCCGCGGCGACGUGCACCGACAGACCGCCAGCAAGCUGUUCGUCUGCCCGCCGGAGCUGGUGACGUCGGAGCAGCGACAGGCGGGCAAGAGAGUGAACUUCGGGUUGGUGUACGGCAUGGGUGACAAGAAGCUGGCUCGGGACGUGGGCAUUGGAGAGGAGAAGGCGCGGGAGUUCAUUAACGCCUUCAACGACCUCUUCGCCACCAUGCGCUCAAAGAUGAACGCCAUGAAAGCCGAAGCCUUCCUCACCGGCUUCGCGACCUCGCUGCACGGCCGCCGGCGCUCCUUCCGAGGCGCCUGGCAGCAUUGGCGGUUGCGGGAGCUGGAGCAAACAGCGGUGGAGGCGUUGGAGAUGCGACGUCGUCACAAUCGGCUGAUGGUUAUGCAGCAGCAGCAGC